UUUUUAACUUCAUGCGGGAGCCAUUGAAAAGGAAAACGACACGCAGGUCAACGAAGCCGGUUUUCGUUUUCAUCAGUCUUCAUGUUUCGUUAGAUUCGCAGACAUUGAACAGUAAUCUUACACGCUAAUCGUAUUUUUAUCAGGGGUCAUUAUUUAGAUGGGCGAUACAUCCACACAGUUAUCAGCGUUUAUGGCAUAUUCUAAAAUGCGUCGAACUUCGGACACCGCAUUUUCUUCGAAACCGGCCAAGAAGCGUCAUACCUUAGCCGGGUCUUCUGUUCAGAAAAAAUCUCAUAAACGCUCAGCAUCGGCCGGGGAUGUGCUAACAAAUGGGAAAGGGAAAAAAGUUCCAAAGGUAGCUGGAUUUUCUACGCAAAGGAAUCUACGUAACACACUAUCAGGCUCUUCGAAAAAUAAUUCGAGCUCUGGAAAAUCAGUAGUCAAGAGGGUAUCUAAUGGCAGUGCUAAAUCAUCACCACGAAACUUAACAUCGGUUGUGUCAGAUAGAAGAUCAGCUUCUGGAAAAUUGGCAGGCAAAGCAAUGACUAAUAAACUAAAAAAAAAAGCACCUAAAUCACCCAAAGUAAAGGUGACAAAAGAUGGAUCUGUAGAGGAUUCUCCAGCCAAAAAAAAAGCAGUUAAAAAGUCAGUAGCCAAAGCAGAAACAGUUGAACCUGAACAUGAAUCUGACUAUGCUAGCGAUACUCCCGAGGAUGAAAAAACGGAGAGUUCAGAUGAAUCAAUGUCAAACUCAAUCAAUCAAGGAAAGAAACUAUUCAAAUGGUUGAUUUCGCCGUUACCAUUGGAAACAUUUUAUAGAACGAGUUGGGAAAUUGCACCAUUGUACAUUAAGAGGAAUACGCCGGAGUACUACAAGCAUGUGAUGUCAACGCCAAUGAUUGAUUCAAUUUUGCGUAAAUAUUACUUGCAAUUCACCAAGAAUGUUGAUGUUACUUCAUAUUCGGAUGGCAAAAGGGAAACACAUAAUCCUAUUGGACGAGCAUUGCCAAGUGUUGUCUGGGACUAUUACAUGAAUGGUUGCUCUGUCCGGCUAUUGAAUCCACAGACCUUUAUACCAAAAUUGCAUGUAUUAAAUGCCACACUUCAAGAAUACUUUGGAUGUUUGGUUGGGGCUAACGCUUAUCUGACUCCUCCAAACACUCAGGGAUUUGCACCGCAUUAUGACGAUAUCGAAGCUUUUAUAUUACAAAUUGAAGGCAAAAAGAGAUGGCGUCUCUACAAGCCACGAAGUGAUGAUGAGUUUUUACCAAGGUUGUCAUCUGAUAACUUUGAUCAAUCAGAGAUUGGGGACCCAAUUAUGGAUAUAGUCCUAGAAGCUGGUGACCUGCUUUAUUUCCCAAGGGGUACCAUACACCAGGGUGAAACAAUCGACGACACUCAUAGUUUACAUGUAACCUUGAGUACCUUCCAGAGAAACAGCUGGGGUGACUUUUUUGAGAAACUCGUACCGGUAACGCUAGCGCAAGCAAUUGCCACUGAUGUAGAAUUCCGAGAAGGCCUGCCGUUAGAUUACCUUCAGCAUGCAGGUCUAGCACACGUCAAUAAAGACAGCAUAGACAGAACGAAAUUUAUUAGAAGGACGCAGUAUCUUCUAUCAAAACUUGUUCAAUACAUAGAUGUGGAUAAAGCUGCGGAUGAGAUGGCAAAGAAGCAUAUUCACGAUUUUCUGCCUCCGAUGCUCACUGGAGAAGAAAGGGAAUGCUCUGUGUAUGAGGAUGGUGAAAGAAUGACGGAAGGUGGAGUGAUUGUGAACAGAAUUGAAAUUGAACCAGAUACAAAAAUAAAAUUGGUUCGAGCUCAAUGUAUAAGAUUGGUGCAAGAGCCCGAUGGACUUCGAGUGUAUUAUUCGAACGAAAAUUCCAAAGAAUAUCGUGAGUUGGAACUACAAUAUUUGGAAAUCACCCCGGAGCUCGCACCUGCGAUAGAGGAAAUAAUUCAGAAAUAUCCAAAUUAUAUUAAGGUUGAGGACUUGCCCAUAGAAGGCGAAGACAACAAGAUCCAAGUAGUGAGAGAUCUUUGGGAGAAGGGAAUACUUAUCACAGACGAACCAUUGGAAGUAAUAGAAUAAUGAUGAUAUUUCAGGGAAGGUUGACAAUGUGACUAAUAUUGCCGCAGCGAAAAGCUCCGUAGCCUCUCGUAAACCGGCAUUUCAACUGAGUUAUACUUACGAAUAGUUUUAAGUGAAGUUUAGCACGCUCUAUUUCUAGAGGCGCACACGAUUAUCCAAUAAUUAAGUAGUUGUACGAUCAAGAUUUGAGUUUAUUACCGAAGACCCGUGGUGCAAAUCUUGUGGUUAUGAAAUUAAUAGAAAAAAAACAUAACCAAAUGACGUAAGUUGAUUAUCAUGGUAAUAGAUAUGUUCACCAUAUUACUCUGGGUUGGAUCAGAUCGGUUAGUUAUUCAUUAUAAGUUACUCCGAUAUACAUUCAUGUACUCUUAUUGUGUGUAAUAAUAUACAUUCCGACUUCCGGAAGAAAUUUAUUAGCACUAA